CCUCGUGGCCCCCCGUGGCUCCCCCCCCCAGCUGCGACCCAAAGCCUGGGGUUAGCUCCCUCCUGUCCCUGGGACGUUUCUACACUUCGUCAAUCACUCAGCAUCCGUCUGGAGAGCCCAACCCAACAGCAGUGAACGAAGCCCAACGCCGUCUAAGCCUCACUCGCAGUCUACUUAAGCGUUGAAGUUUCUUGCAGACUUCUUCUCGAAUCUGCCUCUUUACAGACACACAUACGUAGAACUCAGGAAUCUACCCCUCAUCACCACAACCCCGCCAUGGCGAAUCCUCUCACCUCGCAGCCUGUGCUGCAACAAAUGGCAGAAGCCCUGCCUACCCAUCCCAAGGGCGACACCACCUCCGACAUUAGCAGUGGCUAUGAGCUCCCCGCCCUCCUCACUCAUGCCUGUAUGGCGUCUCUCAAGUUCCGUCUUUUGGGCUUUGACGAGGAGAAGCGGAUAGAAGAAGAAGUUCAAAGCCUUGCCCCGCGUCUACCAGCAUCAUGGAAUGCUGGCUAUGGCUCUCUCCGCUUCGUCUACGCCCACAAGCAGUCGUCCAUGACGUCCAUCAUUCGGAUUAGCAAAGUCGGCGGCAAAGUCGAAAUCAGUGGUCUCGCCGUUGGCCACGAUGUCAUCCACAGAUUUGAAAUCACGACAAAGGACGUUAUCAACAACUCAAAGUUACCCUUGCGCAUCACCCUCACCGAGGACGGCUCCGAGGAUAGGAGCGACCUGGUCGAGAAGCUCAAGGAAACCUUUGUAUCAGAGUCGGCCAUCACCAAGCUCAUCGACCAAUUCAAGACUGAAAUCAUUCAAAAGCUCAUUCCCAAAUUGCAAGCCGAAGGCUACGAAGAAUCGCCCGACGACAGGGACGCGGCAGAGAACGCACAGCGAGAAGGCCGCGCUCAGGCCGGUCGUCCCGGACGGCCGUUACCCGGUGAUCUGCCGGAUCCCGCGCGCCCAUACCCAGUCAACGAUCCUUUGGCUCAGCCUCCCAGACGGCCCAUUCCUGCCGGAGACUUCCCGCCGCCCGGGUUCGAAGACGAGUACGAAAUCAACAGGCCCCCUCGCCCGCUAGCGCUUCCCGGUCGAUCACCCUACAACAUCGGCCAUGACGACCUCAACCCGCCUGGUCUCGGUCCCAAUGACCCCCUGAGAGCAUCUUUCAUUGGUGGCGGCGGUCUCCCCCGACCUGGAGGCGGCGGUGGAAUGCACCCCACCUUCGAUGACCCCCUUUUCGGAGGGCCGGGUGCGCAAGGAGGCGGCGGCUACGAUCCCCAAGCGCCACCGGGUGCUAGAUGGGACCCCCUUGGUCCGGGUGGUAUGCCCAGACACGGCGGUGGACGUGGAAACCCCUUUGGAGGCUCGGGAGGGUUUGGAGGUGGAUUUGGUGGAGGAUUUGGAGGAGACAUCAUCUAAACGACCAACACUGUCGAGGGCAUUGGUAAACCAUUCAGACUGUCUCGAGUAGUUGUAAUUGUAUGCCCGUAAUGAGAUAUGACAAAAUGCCCAAAUUUGAAUCAAUUCCCCUCUUCAGUA